UGCGAAACUUUUGGACAGCUUUGUUUACGGGCUUUCGGCACACAGCUGCAACAACAAAGAGAAGAGAGCGGCGAGUUGGUCUAUAUAAGAGACCCGGGCAGUAAGCGAGUACCUAUGGAUCCGCCGGAGACGGACGUGGGCGGAGCAGUGCACGCUGCCGCUGUACAGCGUGAAAACUCAGCAGCUAUUGCUUCCGUAGUAAUACCAACACUAACGGUUACUGCACUAAAAGAAGAAGCGGCGAGUUUGACGGGAAGAAGAAGCGAGUCCUCGCGGCGAGCAACUAUACCGAAGUCGCACUCGGAGGUGCAGCUGCCUGCGGAACUGCACCCAGCGCUCUUGCUGGAGAGAAGUCGGAGAGUCCGCGCCGAGCAGCAAGUGGAGGCGGAGAAGCAGACGUGCCUUGAGCUGACCCGUCUCCUAGAGCUCGAGCGACGGAAGGUGAAGCAGCAGGCGCGUCGGCCGUCGACCAUCUCCGACUCGGUGGCAGCGGCGAGGAGAGAUUCUGGGGUAAUAACCGUCAGUUUCGGCGGCAAGGGGGAAGAGGAGUCGCUGCAUAACGGGGAGAGCGAGAGAGAAGAAGGCCUAGAGAAGGAAGAAGGAAAAGACAAAGGAAACACCGAAGAGGGAGAAAUAAAGAUUUUAUCGACGUCCGAGGACACCACUCCGAAAGAAAACAACUUUGGACACCUCCCAACCCAGUUUCUCUUCAACAACUUCUCCUCAACUGUAUUUCAGCAGCUUCCGAGGGAUCUGCAAGAGAUGUUUCACGUCGAACAUAACCAAGAAAAUUUUGAUGCAGAAGGACAGCCUCCAUCAGUCCUGUCCCUCGCCUACAGAGCCAUUCGCAGCGACAACCCUCGCCAGCUCCGAGACCACCUCGCCGUCAUCGGGGAAGCCAUACUGCAGUCCGUGGAGGGGGCGGAGCUUCUUGGGGAAGCCUGCGAGUGCGGUAGUGACGGGUGCGUGCGAGUGCUCCUUGAUUCCGGGUGUCUUCCGAAUUCCUCUAUCAGAGCAGAUGGAAUGAGCACCAUGCACUUGGCUGCGCAGAAUGACCACGCCUGCUGUAUAUCACUGCUGUUGAAAUGGGGGGCAGACCCUAGCCGUACCGACGGUGACGGUCAGACUCCUCUGUUCAUAUCUCUCUGCGAGGGAUACAGAGAGUGUGUGGACAUCCUCGUGGACGCUGGGAGCUCCCUACAGAUCGUUACCAAGAUGGACUAUACGAUGCUACAUGCGGCAGUGUCUGGAAAGAUGUCCGACGUCCUGCGUCGUCUCCUCGUGUCUCUCCGCACGACCCUUGACCCCAACUCCGUCUCCCACGUCAUCAACUACCAGGACAAGGACGGCAACACCGCCCUUCAUCUGGCAGCCUCUCGUGGAUUUCAGCAAUGUGUGGAGGUGUUGUGUGGCUCUCCACAGACCAUUCUAACAGUCAAAGAUCGCUGGAAUCGGACCGCUCUUGACAUAUCCACUGAUGAUUGCAGGGACAUACUCAUGAGUAAAGACAGUAAAGAGGUGGUGGUGUGUGUGCAAGCUAGACUGCCCGACACUCGCCAAGCCACGCCCAUCGCAAUCGGCCGCACUACGAUCCUGCGUCACUACAAGUGUCUCGACGCGGAACUCCUCGCUGCCCAGACACUGGAACAGUACUGCCACAGUCUGAAGGGGCACGUUCCCAUUCCCUCGUCUCUGGAAUCCGACACGGAAUCGAGCCACAACGACACCCUUCAGCGAAGCACUAGCGGAGGAAAUGCCGAUUUUUCCUCGAGUCAACCGAGCGGUCGACACGGAAACGAGAAUGAUGUUGGGUGGGCGGAGUCUCAGCCUCCAGCAACAUGGGCAGAGCGGAUUCAACAGGAUUUGGAUUCAAAGGGAACCACAGGGGGGAAAAGGAGCCCCCGGGGGUCGAGAAAAUCCACAGAGACAAACCCCUAUUACGGGGACCUGAAAUUUUUGUGGGGGGCCCAGCAAGAGAUGGACAGGAUGGAUCUCGGGGGGUCCAGUAUUGUGAGCUACCGCGUGGGUCCCCUGAGUUGGGCCCCCGGGGAACUGGGGAAGCAGCAGAAGGGGAAGAGUCUGCACGCCAUGGUGGGGGACCGGAGGGGGGGUGGGCUUGGGUGGAUCACGGGGGGCAAACCCACGGAAAUCCACAUCACCCUCAAAGGGCACACGGAAGGUGGGUUGGAUCAGCUGGCUUUUGAGCUGAUGAUCCCCAAGGCAACCCUGCACCAUUACAUCUCCAUGGUGAUGCGAGAUAAGGCGGUGGUAUUGCACGGACCCCAAGGUUGCGGAAAGACGUACCUUGCCAAAAGUAUUGCCGAGUUUCUCAAGCACAAACUGGGCUCCACCACCACCCACAUUCUCCACCUGGCCCUCCACCAGUCCUUCAAGAGAGACGACCUCUUCCGAAUGCUCAGACUCAACGGAUUGCUGAAGUCGGCGAGCGAGCAUGCAGAAAAGGAUGAAGAGCCUCUUUCUCAACACAACUCUCACAUCGUGAUACUGGACGACCUGGAUAGAAUCUCGGGCUACUCGACUCCCAGCGUCCUGGGAGAGCUCCUAACGAUGCUUAAUUAUAGGGGCCCCCUCAAUCCCACGUGGCUUGACGCCGUCCACAGUCGCGAGGGGAACAUUCUCUACCCGGCCGGUCUCUACUUCCUCAAGAACUCUGCCUACUUCAUCGCCACCAGGACGCAGGCUAGUGGAGAAGCGCUGCCGGCAGCAGUGAUGGAUCAGUUUAGUCACAUCCCGCUGGCCCGUCACAGCGAGCCUACCUCUGGGGUUCUCUACCGACAGCUGGUGGCCAGGUUGAUUCACACAAGGCACGGAGACACUCCUCACAGGUGGGACAAGGUGCACCGCUGUGUGAGCUGGGUCUGGGAGAUAUGGCAACUCUACAACAACUACAUGAAGCAGCUGGAUCUCACCGAGCUCUCUCUCGGUUUGAAACACAUGUUGCAGUGCCCUGUGGAAAGUGGGAGUUCAGACAACAUUCAGAGUUGGCUCAGUCAGCUAUGGGAGCACCACGUGGCCCCCAGAAUCGAGGAAACAGUCCUCCACAGUAGAAGAAUGGAGGGACAGCAUCAUCAACAGACUGCCCACCUGCUGCUUAGAGCUGUUGUGGACCGAACAUUCAGACCAACAUGCCCUCUAGGAAUUGGAGCUGCUUCUUCACUGCUGGAGAGCCUUUACCCCCUCACCCCCUCCCCCUCUUCCUCCUCCCUCCCUCCCUCCCUCUCAUCUCCCUCGUUUCGACGGAGGCACAGCAGCCAAGGGAACGGUUCUCCGGGUUCCUCUCUCGUGUCCCCAGUCCAGUCCAUCGGCUCGGUACCUGACAUCAGACGUGGAAUUGUGAAAUCAUCAGAGUAUGGAAGUCUGGGAUCGGAGUCCCCGAACAUGUCUCCCCGCACUCCCAAAAAAGUGAUGCGUGGUGAUGGAGACAUGGACACUGCGUCGCUGGACAGAGUAAAGCUCAAGAACGCUGCCAGUCGCAAGAACACACUUCGCCGACUGCGAUCUCGAACCAUAAGCCUGUUCUCCAAGGAGGGACUGGGGCUGGGAGGAGGAGGAGGAUUUGGGGAGGGAGGGGGAGUUGGAGAAGGAGACACAAAGAAAGCUGGCAAACCUAAAGAGACAGGCUCCACACUGCCAAGGAUCUUCAAGAAGGCAAAGACCAGACCAGCUCUCCCGGCUCUCUCAGAGAAGCAGAACUCCAAGAGUCCCAAACUGGACCGCGCCCACGACCUGGAGGAUUUCUUCGACAUGCUCUCCACCGCCAGCUCUAAUCGCUUUGACGACCAGCGAAGCCCCGCCCCCAAGGCACUCUCCCAGUCGAGAACACAACCAAACUCCACCUCUGCUGUCCAGGAACCCUCGGAUAAGAAUCGUGACUCUCUGUCAGGUGGUCUCCGUAAGGGAUCUCGACUGGAAAACAUUCCUCCCAGUCUUGUCAUGUCCAUGCCGGACCUUCUGAGUGACGACGAGUCCGAUACCCAUUCCGUUGACAGUCUCUAUUCCACUCCAGAGAAGUCCCAGUCCCAUUCCAAGCCUCGGUCCUUGGCCUACGCCAGCGGGGCGUCGUUGCCGCCUCAGAAGGCCCAGGAACAGCACAGGUGCUCCUCUCCCGAAGGUCCGUUGUCAGAGCCACUCCGGAGACGAGCGAUCCACAGAGCCGGGAAUAUAGUGGGAGAGGAGUUAAAUAACUCGUCUACUGGGAGCUCACCCCCUGCAGGCAGACACAGAGCGAGUCCUUUGGCUAUCACUACUUAUGUAUACAGUCCUGCGGCACGGAGAAGCAUCGAGGGAGAUGAGGGGGGUAGCGAAGACAUAGGGAAAUGGAGUCCAAACCCAUCCUCGACUGUUGAGAAAGAAGAGGGAGAGAAGGGGGAGGUGGCAAUGCUUGAUCGCGAAUCCCCAGACGGGAAAUACCCGACGGAGGUUCAGGUCGGAGACGUGGGUCUGCCGCAGCGAACAUUCCCAGACAGAGCGGCUAGCAGACGGCACCAGAGAGUCCACGUCUCCCCCUCGGACCCCGGGCCCGUCCCCAAGAGGAAUCAUUACCAUUGUGAGAGUGGGGAGACGGGGGGAGGGGUGAAGGAAGGAUGGGCGGAGGAGGUAGAGAGGCGUGGCAGUCCCGCCUUUCGCAACCCCGGCGGCAGGCACAGAACAUUGUCUCCGAUAACAAACACCACGCCCCUUGGCAACGGUCAGCUGCGUCCGAGAAGAGUGCUCUCCGAGGGCGACAGGUGCCAAAGUCUUGAGGAGAUUCUGGAGUCGGAAGAAGCCCGAAGCUCUCACAUCCUCUUCGACGCUGGGCUAGGAUUUCUCAGCACCUCUCCCAUCGUGAAGGGGGUUUCAUUGCCAGCUAGGGGCCAGUCUUUCUCUGGAGGCAGUCCAAAACUCAACAUCAGAAAGCAACCUCCCAUCAGCGAACAUCACGAAAUGUAGAAAACCUAACUCUUGCUGUCACACAUCACACGGCUAUCUACCCAUGUAAUGCAUGUGCACUCUGAAAUUGGCAUUAUAUAGAACUUCUCAGGUCAAUCAAUCCUUGUCCAAAAGAGGAGAAGAG